AUGGCUUUUAAUACAUCUGGUAGCAUUGCUGAUAUGAAUUGUUUGGAUACUUUGAAUAAAAACGAAAGGGACAUUAAACUGUCUCCGGUAGCUAAAAACCUUAGCGUUAUUGCUAACUUUAUUUCACUAGGUAUAGCUUCACGUAACUGGGUUGACUGCUUUGUAAUUUUUGGUUUAAGCAAUUUCAAAAGUCAAUCAAAUUUUUUUUCGGACAUGCGUGUAAAAUUUUUAAAAAGAAUAUCUUUAUCUUCUCGUAGUUCACUCAUAAUCACGUUACUUCGAUUAUUAUAAUAACCUCGUAUCCAAAACUUUUUCUUGGUUCUUUUUUUACUGGAAUUUCUGAUGACCAAGUAAGCUGCACAUAUUCCACCAAGUAAAAUAUUCUCGUCGCACAUGUUUCCAAAUUAUGACAGAAACUACGACUAAACUAUGGUGUUGCUUUCAUUUAACGCAUUCACUUAUCGUAAGCGUUAAACGAAAGUCGAAUAGAAAGAUGAAGACGAAAGUUGACGAUUAAAAGGUACAGAGUGGACAUAGCUAUUCGCCAAUAUGAGUUGCACCCCCCUGCUGCUCAAAAUGGUGUUGCACAGGAGCAUAAGUAGGAUGAAACAUUUGACAGAUGGCAGAAGGCUGGUGGUGUCAGUGUCGAUGGAUGGAACGAAAAUUUCUGUAAUAAUGUGUGCUAUGUUGCCAAAUCUCUUUAGAUGGUGUGAUUUAUCAAGAUAUGUUAAAUAAAAACUUGCCAACAGACCAGAAGCAGUUGAGCAAACUAUAUUGGUAAAGAGAUGGAUAAUUGAAUUAAACAUUUAUUAUUUUGUUAUGAGAAAAAACACACACCUCGUUCCACCAACCUCAUCACUAACUAUUAUCACAACAAAAAUCUUAAUAAAAAACAUUCUUUCUAUCAGAACAUUUUAAACAAAACUAGAAAAUUUCUAAAACAACAUCCUGAACUCAUGGUCACAAGAUCUGACAAAGGUAAUGUUACAGUGAUAAUGUUAAGACAAUGAUGAUCUAUCAUACCACGAAAUUAAUAGAUAUCCUACAUCAAAGGUGGAAAAGAAAAAUAUUGACAUUGUUAAGGAACUCCUCAGCACUGGACAAAUAACCCAAGAACAAAAAGGAACUUUGACUACUUAUAACUCUGUCCCUCCUAAAUUCCAUGCACUUCCAAAAAUACAUAAACCUGUACUCUCAGUAAGACCUAUAGUUGCAUCAUUAGUUUCUGCCACCCAGGCUUUGUCUUCAUUAAUAUCGGAAACAUUAAAAUCGGCACCUAGUGAUAAGAAGAGAGCUUGAGGCUGAUUGAGUAUAUUUGACGGACUGUUUGGUACUCGUACCCUAUUGGUGCAGAAUAAUGGUCUAUUAAAUUGUAUUAUCGGCACUUAGAAUACUAUUCGCAUCUAUAAUGAAAUCACAUGAAACCCUAAGUAUUGAACUGACUGUGCCAAGAAUAACAACAGACCGAACAUUGUUACGUCUGACAAGGUACAUCAUUACAGACUGAACCUAUAUGUCCCUUUGCUAGAUAAUAUAUUACAGGAUUUGGUAUACCGGUUCAAUGAAGAAUCUUUGAAUGUAUACAAUUUUAAUAUUUCCUUUGCGCCAGUAUUUAAUUCAAAAACUGAAGCUCAAGAAAUGGACAUAUUAGAAACAAUCUCUAAAUAUUUGCAUGGACUAAAUAGUAACGAAAGAAAAUCUUAAUAAGUACCAGAUUAAAAGCAGAAUUUGAGCUUUGGAAGUCACGUACACAAGAUAUUAUAGACAGGGAAUGUCACUGUAUUUAUCAUAUGAUGAAAACAUUUUUCCUUCAAUUAAUAGAUGCCUACAAUUAUUGAUUUCAUUGCCGGUUAGUGUUGCGACAUCUGAAAGAAGUUUCUCCCAUCUAAAGAGGAUGAAAACUUGGCUGCGCUCCACUAUGUUACAAGAGCGAUUAGUGGGUUUAGCUCUUUUGUAUAUGCAUAGGGAUAUUAAAAUAGGCGUGAAUACAAUCAUAGAUCGGUUCGCCAACAAAAAGAAUAGGCGCCUUGAUUUUGUAAUAUGAUAACACCUGAACUUUGCCUAAGGUUGUCUCUCAAAUCCAUCUCCCUUCUGUUGGCCAAUAAAUAAAAAAGCAGAUGUAGUUAAGGGUUUACUUACGUUUAAACCACCACGGUGAUCUUUUACAAAGUAUCCAAUCAAGAUAUUGGCCAGCAGAUUGAUAUAAAAGUCUGUUAAAAUUCUGUUCAAAUCACUUUCUAAG